AUGAAAGCAGCCACUGAGCACGUUACAUAUACUAGUAGUAUUAAGGUGGAUGAAAGCGAGUCGACUGACAAUUCGUUAGGCAGAAGCCAUGAAGUUGGUGACGUCGAAAAGGCUACGGAAUCAGCGACGGCAAUUGUAAUGGACGACACCAAUCCACCACCCUCCCUGAUGUGUGUUGAGAUCGACGAAUCAAAAGGUGAAAGCGAUGAGAAAGCUGUCUUGCUUGAAGUAAAAGAACGGAACGAAGGUAUCUUGCGUCUGGAGGAAGCCGUGUCGACUUUAAACUCGCUGCACGAGCAUCUGAAUUUCCUUGUACACACUCAGAAUCCGAUACUAAACCGUAUAGAUGUAAACAUUAGCCAAGCGACAGAGUACACUGCUAAAGUCAUGAACGACACGACAGAGGCUGUGAANGGAACGAAGAAUCCGAUACUAAACCGUAUAGAUGUAAACAUUAGCCAAGCGACAGAGUACACUGCUAAAGUCAUGAACGACACGACAGAGGCUGUGAAGCUCAACGCUCAGGCCAGAGAGGUACUGUUGUUCGAUUCGUUCUAA